GGGCCCCCCCGCGCUGUUGAGCCAUCGCUUGUUGCGCUUCACGGCAUUGACACAGGGAACAUUUCGGAACGCUAUUUUACUUCAAGUUUUCGUUACUAGUUGAAGCUUUACGACAGGAAAAAUCAGAUUUAUCUGGAGAAGAGGAGAUAAUUCCUUCCUCGAAGGACACUUACAAAGCAUCCUAAAGCCGUCUUAUACUGUUUUGUUCGGUUCGUUGUCAUAAUGCUGUGAGAACGACAAUGGGGACGAAGGCGCUUCGCCGUUUUCAAGGCGAUGACUAUGUAUGAUCAACAAGUCGUUUUCGUGUAGUGGGUUUUUGUAUUGUAGUAGUAAUGGCCGAGCAACUGGUAGACGGGCCACCGAACAAGCGACCGAAAAUAGGAGCCCCAGACACACCAACCGACAAUGCUGAGUUGAAUUGGAAGUUUAUGGAAGACCUGGAUGCCAGUUUACCCGAUGAACUUGGUGGACCCGCGAUGAUUCCCAAUUCUGAUGGUCUAACUAAUGGUGAAACAACAGCUGAUGUUUCAAGUGCUACCUCGAGUUUGCAGCAAAUUCUUCAAUCGAAUGUUCCCCUGUCAAGUGGCGCGAGCUCUACGCUCAACACCAGUGCCAUCUCUUCGACAGUUAGCGUAUCUAGUCCUGAUAGUCCAUCGUUGACUACUUUAACAUCAGUUAAAAGUCCGGCAGUGAACAAUUCUUUGUCCUCUCCUCCUCAAAUGCCGGUUAGUACGAGUGGGACUCCUACUCCAGCGACACCGCUCACUUCAUCCAGUGACCUCCAUCUUGGAAGUGUUGGUUUGAGUCCUGCCCCGUCAUCGUCUCUGCCGAUGUCAACAGUGAACUCGGCAUUGCAGAGUAAGGUGGCGAGGGAUGCAAGACUGCAAGUUGCAGCCCAGUAUGGUAAUAAUUCGCUCGAUAUGAACAUGCUUGCCAAUAACAACGCAAUGAUGGGAUCUAUGAAUGGGCCCAGCUCAGCGACUCAAUCGAUCGCUUUGAAUACAGUGGCACACGAAAUCGGAGCGACAUUUUCUCGAACUACUAAUAUGAACGUGAGUAAUUCCGGGAGCAAUCCCUUUCAAAAUCCGUUACCUCAGCUACAACAAGAUCAGUUGGCGAAUAAUUUUGUGAGUCAUUCUGGUAUGAACGGAAGCCCAGAUCAAUCCAGUGUAUCUUUAGGCCAACAGGCAUCAGGAUUGGCUCAGCCUCCAACAGCAGACCCUGAGAAAAGAAGAUUAAUACAACAACAAUUAGUACUUCUGCUUCAUGCACACAAGUGCCAACGUCGAGAACAACAGGCCCAAAAUGGGGCUGUAAAACCCUGCAAUUUACCUCAUUGUCGAACUAUGAAGAAUGUCCUGAACCACAUGACAACGUGUACUGCUGGAAAAACAUGUCAAGUUGCCCAUUGUGCUUCUUCAAGACAAAUUAUUUCACACUGGAAAAACUGCAUGAGACGGGACUGCCCAGUAUGCCUCCCUUUGAAGCAUGCAUCAGAUAACAGAAAUGGAGCUCAAGGAAGUGUUCGAGGCAUUGAAAGCGCAUAUGAAGCUCUUGGUAUUACUCUAGCAACAAAUGGAGAACCACGGUUGCAGCCCUAUCCUGUAGGAGCACAUGCAAAUCUACUGAGAUCAGAUCCUUCAAUGCAAUUGACAGCAGAUAACAGAUCAUUUGGUGAAACAUCAGUUACAGCAACAAGUACAACUGCAAGUGGCAAUCGGGGUCCUAAAGAGUGGCAUCAGCAUGUUACGCCAGAUCUCAGGAAUCAUCUUGUACACAAACUGGUCACUGCCAUCUUCCCAACUCCAGUGCAUGAUCCAGCUGCUCUCAGAGAUCGGCGAAUGGGGAACUUUGUUUCCUAUGUAAGGAAAGUAGAGGGUGAUAUGUAUGAUACAGCAAAUAGCAGGGUAAGUUGUGACUUGAAGUUGUUCAACUAUGUACUUGAUGCUUUUCCCUUUAGAUUUGUUCUUAUCCUUAUCAAGUUAUUUUCACUGAAGGAUUUUUUUUAGCAAACUGUCAUGUGCAACUGCUAUCUAGAAAGGACAGAGAGAAAUGCCAAAUCAACAUUCUUGUUAUACUUAUAUUACAAAAUCUCCCCUUCUAUACAUUGUAAACCUUAGCAAUUCAGCCCAUGCUGCUAUUAGGUAUUGAAUAAACCAUUCUUCUUCUUCU